UAGUCUUUAAAAUUCAGUCUGUAAACGUGCUCAUUGUGGCUAUUUAAUGCCAAAUUCCCGUGCAACACAGUCCCAAAUGCGCUCAUUACGCAUAAAGCUGUAUGCGUAAUUACGCACGAAAAUAAAAUGAAUAUCACGGCUGGAGACCAUUGUUGGCUCGGUGUUCCUCCAAAUUUUUCUAUAAUGCAAAGAUGUUGGUGGCAGUAUUUUAAUGGCCAUCAACUCUCCCUUUCUAAAAGAAUACACCAGCAGACGGAAACAGAUGCAUAAACAUUUCAGGGCAUCUUUCUCCUCGGCAGCAACAGACUCCUCCUAUUCCCCACGUCCAAUUAGUUAUUAUGGUCCGGCCCUUUAAGACGCAGCAGCGGGUCAGCAAGUAGUGUAGUGUUUCUCUAAUUGAACUUCGCCCAAUCAACAAUAACUCGUUAGUAGUCGCUUUCUUUUCUUGCUGCUUGAGACAGCUUUUUUCCCCUUGCAGGGAUUCACCCCCUCCAGUCUGUUACUUCCUAAAGAUCUACAUGGAGCUUGGCAGAGGAACUGCGACUCUCUGAGGGGAAUACAGUGCGGCUGCCUUCACAACUACGCCCGAAGCAUGGUUAUUUUGGAGGAAAGCUCUCAGGCGAGCUAAGUUGUGGCAUUCGGCUUUUAAGUGUCAAAAUAUAGAGGGGAUCUACGAGAACCGCCGAGCACCAGAGGAAACACUUGUGGACGCUUAAAACUGCCAUUUGAAUGAAAUAAUCAACUUUUUUUUGCAAGCAGCGAUUCUUCGGGACUGCGAUGACCUCCAGUAAAGACAUGAAGGCAGGUUCUGUGUUGCAGUCCAGCGGCGAGGAGAGGAGACGGGCUCCAUUGGACCAGCUACCACCGCCAGCCAACUCCAACAAACCUUUAACGCCGUUCAGCAUUGAGGAUAUCCUUAACAAACCCUCGGUAAAGAAGUCGGUCGCCAGUAUCUGUCCGCCGAGAGUGUUAGAGAAAGUGACGGGCUCCAACUCGGCGAGGAACGGGAUCACCACUCCCUCCUCGCCGCUGUGCGCGCUGGAGGAGCUGGCCAGCAAAACGUUUAAGGGUCUGGAAGUCAGCGUUAUCCAGGCAGCAGAAGGUCGUGAGCAUGUAAACGCUUUCGGACAGAGGCAGACGUCGAAAAAGAGGAGAAAGUCGCGGACGGCCUUCACGAACCACCAGAUUUACGAACUGGAGAAGAGGUUUUUGUACCAGAAAUAUCUUUCUCCGGCUGACCGAGACCAGAUCGCUCAGCAGCUGGGGCUCUCCAACGCGCAGGUGAUCACUUGGUUUCAGAACCGCAGGGCCAAACUCAAGCGGGACCUGGAGGAGAUGAAAGCGGACGUGGAGUCACUAAAGAAAAUCACCCCACAGACCCUGCAGAAGCUCGUCACCAUGGAAAACAUUGAGGAGACCCAAGGCGGGGGCCCCGAGGCCAGAUCACCCAGUAUCUCCCCGACCUCCCAAGGACACCGGGCCUUCCCACAGUCCCCCUCCUCAUCCAGAGACCAAACUACGGAUGAAUUCUCGGAGGACGACGAGGAAAUCGAGGUGGACGAUUGACAGUCAGGGGGCCUGUGAUUUUCAUAAACAACAACAAAAAGAAUAUUAAAAAAAAAAAAGGGGGACAUUUUUUUCCCAAACUUUUGCACGGAUAUUGACAAAAAAGGAGAAUACGAACAUGAACAUUUCAGGAAAUGUUUUUUUUUCUUUCCCUCCUCCUCUUUUUUUUCUCCAUUUUAAUUUAUUAAUCGGACUUGUAAAGCCUUCCAAGUCUAUCAUUUAAGUUUCACCGAAAUAUUUGAGGAAUAUCUGGUUUCCUUUCAGGCAGACCAAACUGUUAUGGUACAGGAAGACUGAAAAAUUGUGUAAACAUUUUAAUAUUUCACAUUCGUUUUGAAGGGGGGAGGGGAGGGGGGGGAUGGAAAAUUGUGCAAUUAUUUUUUUUUUUGUUUGCCAUUUAUUCGCAUUCUUCUAUCGGAUCUGCCAAAUACUGACCCCCCCUCCACCCCUUAUUUCUUACCUGCACAGCCCGUGUUAAGUCCACGGGACAAGCCCAAACCCCUGAGUGGAUGUGUCAGUCCAUCCCACAUCAAGUGUAAAAUGUUUUUGUUUUUUUUCUUUUUGUUCUGAGCGAAAGGUGUUUCUGCAAAUAUGCAGGCCUGUUCGCCAAGCAAAGGAGGCAUCACUAUUAGUAUCGACAUGCAAACUUUUACACGCUCUGAGUUCUGUAUAUAGGUCAAACAUCCUAUGCGAUAAUUUUAUUGUAACAUUCUAUUUAAUCAGCAUCUAUGUAA